UGUAGAAAGAGGAAGCACAGUUUGAAAACACGCUUGAACCUGAACUUUCAUCCGUGUAGAGCUGACUGACUGUAACAGAUACAUGAGUGUGACAGCGGUUCACCACUAAAGUGACAAUGGAGAGGAGCGCAGGAACAGUUUCUGCGAUUAAAGCUUUAGGGUACCCGGGCGGCUCCUGCCUCACAAGGUGUAAAUGUGAUGAGCUCCCCUGUCCCCUGCUCACCUGGCUGUCUGCAGAGCUGAGGACAGUCUGUCCAGAGCUGCAAGACUCAAGCAGGACAGGUAACGCCUUGCUGGUGGGUGAGCUGAGAAAUUUACUGUCAAAGCUGCACACUCCCCUCACUGCGCUGACCUCAGAGGUUCUGGGGCCGUCGAUCCUCAACAAAGUCACUGAGUUCCUCGUAUCAGAAUUGCAAGCAGCUCGCAUGAUCAAGAAUAAAGAACUGCAUCCAGAGGAGAAGACGACGGAGGAGGAGUCUGAGAAAGAGCAGCGGGUUGAAGAUUACAGCCAUGAAGUCACUGAGGAAGAUGAAGAUGAUGAUUCGGACAAAGAACGAAGAAAGGCGGAGAUGCAGGCAGAAUGGAUAUUACUCCUGCACGCCCUCGACAUGGACACCUCCUCUGAAUCUACAGAUGUCAUAAGCGAGGUGGAGACAAGGCUCUCUCGUCUACCAGGAGGAGACAUGACAAACCCGCUUCUUAACACCAGCCUCAGCAAAGACCAGUGGACACAAGUUAAAAGUAUCAAUCAGCGUCUGACAGAGGACUAUCGGUGUCGGCGACAGAUGAUGAUCAAGCGCUUUCAGGUCACGCUGGAGUCAUUUGCAUGGGGAGAAAAGCAAAAGGAGCGCAGUGAAGCGCUGGCCUCAGUGCCUCCUCUUUCAUCCCAUGCCAGCGCCUCUCGAGUCUCUCUGUCUCUCCUGAUUGCUGCCAGAGAUGAUCAGUCCAUCAUUGAACCAAUCAAGGCUGGAAAAAGCACCCCAGUCUAUAAGGUAUUGAUGGGCAGUGUGCCAGACAGAGGAGGACGUCCAGGGGAAAUUGAGCCACCUAUGCCAGUGUGGGAAAAGCGAAGAGCGAAAGGAAACCCAUCAGGACGAGGAGGUGGUGGACACCAUCAACGACAACGAUUUUCAGAUAAAAAGAAGAAAGGGAAAAGAGAGUGACGUCUUUCUCUUCAGCUGUGCUGCACAAUUAGAUUUUUUUUUAUUUCAAUCAAUUUUGUGAAGUAAAAUAUGUCUGUGGGAUGCAACAUAUGUUAUAAUUUUAUAGUAAUGUGUGUAUAAUUUUCAGUUAUGGUACAUAAACAUACCUGACUGUACAUUUCUAAAAAAAAAGCUUAUCAUUGUUAUAAUGUACUGGUUUAUGACCAGAUUUUUUUGUUAAUAUGAGAGAACAGAAGAGAUAAAUCAUUUUUGGCUUUGCACAAUAAAACUGUUAUACACAGAAAUGCAUUGUGAUGUUGUGCAAUGUUGGGGAUGAAACAAGUUAGCAAUUAAAUUAUUAUCUAAUACCUGGGACAAAAAUACCAUAACUCUUAAUUUUCAUUUU